ACUGGUGCUCAUUUCAUUCAAGUGGCAGUUGUCAUGGCGGCAGUGCGUUCUUUACGGACUAGUGGUGUUUUUCUAUUAUUAUUUUUGUUGAAAAUAACGAACGCAUCGUCCGGACCAUGGAUAUUUUCGGUGGAUGUAAAUGAAAAAGCGUGUUCCGAGUUAAAAUGUGUUUACAAUUUGAAUGUGAACGGGUUAGAUAUCGAUGUGUGGUCGUUAACCGAGGUGCCGGCGGCUCGUGGUGGGGACUGCGAGGGUCGUUUUCUCGAAGAAAAGUCGACCAAAAACGUCGAAUUGAUCGUACCUGUUGCGAAAAAGUUGUUCUUCUGUGCGAAAGGACCUGAUGGAGUGUGGUAUAACCAGGGCGAGAGCUUAUUUUUGGAAGCCAAUGACGUCAUCGAAGCGAACGCACAAUACGAGCCAUCAGAAAUCGAAAGCGAUGACGACAAUGAGGUCGACAUUGACAAUGUUGACAAAAAGCUGACAGACGCUAAACUGGAAGUAUUCGAUGAUAUCAAAUAUCUCGAUGAUUUGGACGUCAACCGACACGGUGUUGAACAGAGCGAUCUCAUUAUUGAAACAUUCGCAUAUCCAACGAAUACGGAUAAAAUAAGAAUUAAACGUCAAAUUGAAACAGAUAAUACAACUGAAUUGGAUAAAGGGGAUGUUACCUUAGAUAAUGCGUCUGUGGUAACAGGUAGUCUAGGAGCUAAAGUGUUUACCAAUGGUAACGUGAAAGUAAUGGGUUUAAGAGUGGAAGAAGGAGAGAAGCCUAAAAUAGUAGAUGGUUUACCAAGUGUUUUGAGAGAAUAUCUGUUUACUGUAAGAUUGUUUGGGGAAGGAUUUACUGAGAGCACAGAAAUUGCCUUCACUCAUAUACCAGCGGAUUAUGGAACACAAUGUGUGUUUCUUCUGCCCGGAGAACAUAAGGUUAAGGAGAUAACAGAAGAUUCAGCACUGUUUGAAUUGAUAGCACCAGCAUUAUCCGAAGACAACCGAUUCUAUAUCUGUGCUAGAAAUGCCAACGGCUCCUUCUACCACCAAGGUAGUGAACGAUGGAAGAUUCUAGCAGUUCACGAUAAACUGCUCCCUCUUUGGGCGUCUUUGAUUCUUAUCGUCAUCCUCUUGAUGCUGGCGUCCCUCUUCUCCGGUCUUAACCUUGGUCUUAUGGCUUUAGACAGAACUGAAUUGAAAAUCAUUGCGAAUACAGGAACUGAGAAAGAAAGGAAAUAUGCUCGCGCUAUAAUGCCUGUUCGUGCUCAUGGGAAUUAUCUUCUUUGUACAAUUUUAUUGAGUAAUGUAGCUGUGAACAGUACGUUUACGGUAAUUUUGGAUGAUUUGACGUCGGGUGUGGUAGCGGUUAUAGGGUCAACUCUAGCGAUCGUGUUUAUAGCUGAAAUUACCCCGCAAGCUAUUUGUGCGAGACAUGGAUUGCUUAUUGGUGCGAAGAGUAUUUGGAUUAUGAAGAUUGUUAUGGGUAUAUGUGCGCCCCUAGCAUGGCCUACUAGUAAACUCCUAGAUUACUUCCUAGGAGAAGAGAUUGGUACGCACUAUAACAGAGAAAGACUAAAGGAGUUGGUCAAGGUAACGAACCACGUGAACGAUUUAGAUAAAGAAGAAGUGAAUAUUAUCUCCGGUGCUCUCGACCUUCGGAAGAAGACGGUCAAAGAUGUGAUGACCAAGCUCAAAGACUGCUACAUGCUGCCAAUCACUAGUGUACUGGACUUCGAGACAAUGUCAGAGAUCGUCAAAUCUGGUUACUCCCGUAUCCCGGUAUACGAAGGUAACAGAGGUAACAUUGUUACUGUGCUGUUCAUCAAAGACCUCGCGUUCGUGGACCCUGAUGACAACACGCCGCUGAAGACCCUCUGCCAGUACUAUCAGAACCCUUGCAACUUCGUCUUCGAGGAUAUCACAUUGGAUGUCAUGUUGAAACAAUUCAAAGAAGGUCACAAAGGUCAUAUGGCGUUCGUACAGCGUAUUGAAGAAGGAGACGGAGAUCCAGUGUACGAGACUGUUGGCUUGGUGACUUUAGAGGAUGUUAUAGAAGAGAUGAUCCAGGCUGAGAUAGUAGACGAAACUGACGUUAUAAGUGACAACCGCACUAAGAAGAGACUAGCUCGUCCCCUCAAUAAAUUCCAGGAUCUAGCAUCAUUCGCUGGUCAUCAACCGCACCGAGUGCACGUGUCUCCACAGCUCGUGCUCGCCACCUUCCAGUUCCUCAGCACUAGUGUGGACGCAUUCCGUGCGGACAUGAUCUCUGAGACGGUGCUCCGUCGUCUACUGAAGCAAGAUGUUAUUCACCACAUUAAGCUGCGUGGGGAUGAAGAUAAGAACGACCUGAAACGCUACGUCUUCCAGGAGGGCAAACCGGUGGAUUACUUCGUACUUAUCCUGGAAGGUCGUGUGGAGGUGACAGUGGGCAGAGAGAACCUCGUAUUCGAAGCGGGACCUUUCACGUACUUCGGUGUGCAAGCACUCACACAGAAUAUUGGCGUUGCGGAGACUCCAGCUCCAUCGACGCUGGGCUCGCUGCAGAACCUGAACAUGGACUCCAUGCUGCGACACACCUUCGUGCCCGACUACUCCGUGCGCGCCAUCGCCGAACUAUACUAUCUUACUAUCAAACGGUCAAUGUACUUGGCGGCGAAACGCGCUACACUAAUGGAGAAGGGCGCACUCACUAAGGGCAACACUAAUGAACAAAUCGAACCUGAAGUCGACAAGUUGCUUCGUGACGGUGACAAAAUGGAGGAUAUCCCGGAACAUGAGAGAUUGCCGAAACAGUUUCUACCAACAUCCGCCAGUCCUCAUACAAACUCCACGUUCAAGAACAAAGAUGGCAACCCCGAGGAGGAGAAACUGCUGAAGUAGGGCAACACCGGACAAGGAAAUACUGUGGGCAACAUUAUCAUACUUUUAUAGAUAUAAAUUAUGUUUGAAACAUAUUAAUUCUUUUUUAAUACUGUU